UCGAAAAAUGGGUCUUUGACAACCAAUUACUGGCGAUUGUUGAAGCGUGUGGAGAAGCGGAGAAUUAAACAAGCGUCGAGGAAACGAGAUGAAGGGCAAGGAGGCACGAAUCUGACGAGGAACGAAGACCUCGGAUCUUUCGAGGACAUUCCGCUGAGUGCAGCUUAUUGCGACAAUUUAGAUGACGAGGCUGAGGGAAAAGAUGUGGAGGUUGACGACGAAGACGAGAGUGCAGCCGACAGCUGCGACGAGGACGAU